AUGGGAGAUUUGUAUAACUUGAGCAAUACAAGUAAUCUUUCUCAUACAUUUCAACCAAGAUUGGAAGAAAACAAAGUGAACAUUAACUACCAAGAUUCUUCAGUAAUAUUGGAUCAAAUGAACCUUAAUAUUACACAUCAAGAACAACUUACAUCUGAAAUCCUAAGUACAAAUGAUUUAGAAGAAAAACCCAAAUCUAACGCUGUUAUCCUUAUGGACUUAAUUAAAUCUUGUCUUCGCAAAGAUGGAGAAGUUCUUCAGUUUUUUGAGAAAUUUGUUUAUCCAAGAUUCAUUGAGGAAUUUAAACAAUAUGAUAACGGAAGAUUAAACCCUUUUGAAGUUAUGAAGUACUUUAUGGAGUCUACUUUCUCAAUAUUUUUUGCAAAAUUGAUAGGAAAUCCUGAGCAAGAGACUUUAAAUACAAAAGAAAACUUUUCUAGUAAGACAGAAUUUCUCAUUUCAAGAACAAAUCCGGAAGAAUUAAGAAAUGAUUGUCUCACUGUUCUUAGAACAUUGUCAGAUUUCAGCUUUAGAGAACCAGUUUAUGAUGAUUAUGGUGUUAACCAAGAAUUUUUGACAAGAAAAGCGAAGUUUUAUUUUUGGAUUUCUAGAAAGAUUUUACAAGACCAAGCAAUAGAACAGAUACCAGAAUUUGCAGAACAUCUUCGCACUGGAGUCAAAUCGUUUGAUUUCGAUAAAGUCGAAAUUGAGUUUUCAGACCAAUACAAAGCUGCUGCCGAAAUCAAGAAACAUGGUGUUGAGUUUGGUGAAACCCUUUCUUUAAAAGAAGGUGAGGAAAUUAUCACUAGAUACUACAUCAAAGCAUUCUUUGGAUACCCGAUAGAAAAUCAGGAAAACAAUUGGGAAUCUCUUUUCUUAACUGAUUUUAUAUUUGAUGACAAUAAUCGAUUCCCACCUGCUUAUUAUAGUCUUCCAAAGUUAAGAGAACCAUUUGCUUACAAAAUUCUUGAGUGUUUUGGCAUGGGUCCACAUGUAGAAUUCGUAAUAAAUCCAUAUAUUUCACGCGGAUUCUACAUUGCAAAACAAGAUUUAACACAUGGUGAUCAAGCCUUUUUUGAACUUGGAAAAGAUGUACUACACAACACACAUGAUUUUGAUUUUUAUUUGUUUUGUGCUCACCAUCGUUUUGAAAAACAAAAGCAAGAAUCCUUUAAUAUCGACACUACAGUCCUUGACAUUAUGAUUAGGAUUAUGAAUUUAUAUGACAUAAACAAAGGAAAUAUUGGAUUCCUUUUGAAAGGUUAUGGCGAGGAUGGUUGGGCACAUCUUUGGGAUAAUAACAUCGGAAUUAUUCCUCAAAUUGUUGACUUUGUAGUUCCUACAAUAAAUGAUGAAAGUGAUAGAGAUCUUAAAGAACGCUUUCUUGAAGGAGAUCUUUAUAUCGACUAUGGAGAAUAUUCUAUUCUUCAGAAAGUUCUUCAAUGUGAGUCAAAAGAAGAUAAAUAUUACUUAGGAUUCAAAGCAAUACAAAGGAUCCAAGAACGUUUAAAGAAUCUCAUACCAGUUGAAAAUCCAGACUGUGAUCAAGAUGCAGACGAAUUUCGACUAAAGGUGUUGUUGAAGCAAAAGGCGGACGAACUCAAAACGUUGCUUCUUCAACGCAGAAAUGACUUGCCUAUUCUUAGGAACAGAACUAAUGCAGAACUUAUCGGAUUCAAGUUCAAGAGUUCUUCAGAUGAAAAAUCGAACGAAAAGAAACAUAUAACAACUAUCGAAGAUUUAUUUGUUAAUCUUGAUAAGUACUGCAAAGAAAUCAUUCACAUAUAUCAUACUCUUAAGAACAUCAUCAUUAAAGGUUAUCAUAAAUACUACGAUGAAGAAUGA